AGGAGCCAGCGUGCGCGAGCGUUGACGAGCUCGAGGCGGUAGGUUGCGGCGAGGCCGAGAUGCUCCGAGCGGAGCCCGCGCAUGGGCCGCUGGACUGCCUGAGCGAGUUGGCGCAGGACAUCAGCGAGAUGCACGAUCUGGCGCAGACGAUGAACGAGCUGAGGCGCAGCAUUGUUGACUCGGGCGCGCAUGGCGAAGCUUGCAAUCUGAGCGGGGGACAGCGGGACGCGCCAGGUGCGCGGCAUCCAGUGGCGCAGGAUGUUGUCUUCGACUUGGACGAGGGUGCGGAGGCGAGCGCCACCGACCUGGUAGUGGCACUCCGCAUGCAGCAACUGCUCGAGAUGCCCUUCCGCGCGGCCAUGCGGUGCUGCCCCGCCCUUCGCAGUCAUGUGGAGCGGCAGGAGGACAGUGAGGAGGUCGCCGACGAGUUCCAGGAGCACUGGCACCCGGGGGCCCCCGACGAGCUGCUCAGCGUGCUGGACGUCCUGCUGCGGGAGGAGUGGCAGCAGCCCGACGCCCUGGCCGCCGAGCGCCCGCGCCCCCGCGGAGGCCAGGCCAGAGCUCGGGCAGACCAUCGGCUGCCCCGCGCGCGGCUGUGAGCGGCUGCGCUCCACGCGGGGCCAUCGCUCUGCUCAGGAGGAGGAGGAG